AUGCUCUUCUCAUGGCUGCUGAUCCUCGUAUUACUCUUUACCGACCCUUGCUCAGCCGUGCAGUAUCCUUUGAGGUUGGCAGAUGGCUGGAAGUAUGAUGAUAGCUACCCAGAGCCAAGUGUCUCGCGGAAAGGGUUUACACUAAGACACGUUUACCAUCGCGGAACCCACGACUAUCCCUCGAUGCAUCGAUAUCAUGAUAUAUCAAUAAAGCUUCGAGUCCUCGAAACCCUACCUGUUGUUCAUGCAGUACCCGUGCACAUAGAACGCUUAGUCGACCGCCGACAGGAAUAUAUCGACUCGCUCCUGGCAACCGCUCGGUCUCACGGUCAAGCGGAACGUCUCUCUCCGGAUGCUUGGACCAUUGCUGCACUACUAGGUCCAAACACAACUGAUAAGUCCACGGUAAUCGCAUUGGCAAAGAUGGCCUACGAUGCCUACGUGCCAGAUCCAUCAAGUAAAGAGUGGAAAUCAAUCGGUCCUGGCAACCACUCUAUCUUCAACCACUCGUCGUCCUUUGGCUGGGACUCUGAUGGCCUGAGAGGGCAUGUGUUUCUGGACGAGACGAAUAGUACGAUGGUCAUUAGCCUGAAGGGGACUUCGAUGGCAUUAUUCGACGGAGAAGGGUCCACUCGCAAGGACAAGCUGAAUGACAACCUCUUCGCAUCCUGUUGUUGCGGUCAAGGUGGUCAUUACGGUUGGAAGGUCGUGUGUGAUUGUAUGACUUCGGCUUUCACAUGCAAUAACACUUGUUUGGCAUCUUCGCUGGAAACAAAGGAUCACUACUACAACGCCGGACGAGAGUUAUACGGAAACAUCACUGCCCGAUACCCACAGAUAUCAAACGUCUGGUUGACUGGUCACUCGCUAGGCGGCGUUGUCGCUUCUUUAUUGGGCAUGACAUAUGGUGUUCCUGUGAUGACUUAUGAGGCAUUUCCAGACGCUUUGGCAGCAUCACGUUUGGGCUUACCGACACCGCCUGGAUAUCAUAUUGGCCAGUCACGAUUCAGCGAUACAGGGAUUUACCAUUAUGGCCACACUGCUGACCCUGUCUUCAUGGGUACCUGCAACUCAUUAUUAUCGGGCUGUACGUUGGUAGGAUAUGCAUUCCAGAGCAUGUGUCAUACCGGAAAGACGUGUAUCUAUGACACGGUCAAGGACCUGGGAUGGCGGUCUAGUGUUAGCUCUCAUCGAAUUGUGAGCGUCAUAUCGGAUGUGCUCGAGGCGUAUGACCAAGUUCCUGUCUGCGAGGUGACGAGCGACUGUGAAGACUGUUUCAAUUGGAAGUUUUAUGAAAGCGACGGGUCUGAGAACUCCACCGAGGAAUAUCUGCCUAGGUCAACGAUACGCGAUCUGGCAUAG